AUGGGGUUAUGUAAUAGUAAAGUUAGAAAGGGUAAAACUCCACUUCCUCCUAAAAAUAACGGAAUAGAAUCUGGAGAUACUAAUACGUCGAACGAUCGUGAUUCUAAUAUAUUUCAUUUCGAAGAUGGUAGACGAUACCAUAAUGUAGAAAAUGCAGUAUAUUUUUUACCUAAUGAUGACGAUGAAUGUGACAGAUUACAUUUACAGCAUUUCCUAGAGAGAUAUAUUUGGCAGAGCAACUUUUUCGCCCCGGUCAAUAAUCUCCUUAACCAAGAAGGUACAAUGGUUUUGGAUGUAGGAACAGGUGCUGGCUCUUGGUUACUCGAGAUGUCAACUAAUUAUCCAAGAGCAAAAUUUAUUGGAAUUGACAUUUCUCCAGUUCAACCAGACUUUAUUAAACCUAAAAAUGCUGAAUUUAUUACAGCAAAUGCAUUAGAAACUUUACCAUUUGAUAAUAAUACGUUCGAUUAUAUAUUUCAACGAAUAUUAUAUGUUAGAAUUCCUGGAAAAGAUUGGCCAUCAGUGGUUAAUGAACUAGUUCGCGUAUUAAAACCUGGUGGUUAUAUAGAGUUAAUAGAAAACGACUUUCAAUAUAAAAGUAUGGGUCCCGCAACAGAAAAGCUUAUUAAUGGCAAUCCAAUGGUAUGUUAUAAAUUACAAGACUUCUUAGAAGAGCAUGAUCAACUUCAUAAUGUUCACUGUGAAAUAAAGAAUGGCAUAGAUGGUGAAGAUGGUAAAAAAAUAUGUAAAUUGUCGCAAGAAAAUUAUACUACUGUUCUCAUGACUAUGAAGCCAAAACUUAUGAGUAUUAUUGAAGUUACUAGUUGUGAAUAUGACAAUUUGGUUAAACAAAUGGGAGAUGAAUUAGUGGAACUAGAAUCUUUUAAUCCUCGA